AUGGACGAGGCUGCGGCGCACAUCCUCUACGCCUCCACCGCCCUCCUCGCCCGCGCCGACAACGACAACAACAAUGGCUCCUCUUCCGGCAACUCCACCUCCUCCGACUCCACCUCAGACUCCGGCAAGCGCCCCGCGACCUACAAAAUCGUCGGGAUAUGCCUCGCGAUCGCCUCCGGCCUCUUCAUCGGCGUCUCCUUCGUGAUCAAAAAGAUGGGCCUGCUAAAAGCCAACGCGAAAUACCACGAAGAAGCCGGCGAAGGCUACGGAUACCUGAAGAACGCUUGGUGGUGGACGGGCAUGACUCUCAUGAUUCUCGGCGAGAUAUGCAAUUUCGUCGCAUACGCUUUUACGGACGCUAUACUUGUUACUCCACUCGGCGCGCUGAGCGUGGUGGUGACGACGGUUCUGAGCGCGAUCUUCCUGAAAGAGCGCCUGAGCUUUGUGGGCAAGGUGUCGUGUUUCCAGUGUAUACUGGGCUCGGUGAUUAUCGUGCUCAAUGCGCCGGAGCAGGCUGCUGUGGCGGAUAUACAGGAGAUGCAGCAUUUUGUCAUAUCGCCGGGCUUUCUGUCGUAUUCCGGGGUGAUCAUUCUUGGCUCGGCGGCUGUAGCAUGGUUUGUGGCGCCCAAAUACGGGAAGAAAAGUAUGCUGGUGUAUCUGUCGAUUUGCAGCCUGAUUGGGGGCUUGUCGGUGGUUGCGACUCAAGGCCUUGGUUCGGCGGUGUUGGCGCAAAUUAAUGGGAAGCCGCAAUUCAAUCAGUGGUUUUUGUAUGUGCUGCUGGUGUUUGUGAUUGCGACGCUGUUGACGGAGAUUAUCUAUCUAAACAAAGCGCUCAACAUCUUCAAUGCCGCGCUGGUUACUCCAACCUACUACGUCUACUUUACGAGCUCGACAAUCGUGGCCUCCGCGGUCCUCUUUCAAGGCUUCCACGGCACCGGGAUACAGAUCGCCGACGUUGUUAUGGGCUUCUUGGUCAUCUGUUCUGGUGUGGUGCUGCUGCAGCUCGCGAAGAGCAGCAAAGACGUACCCGACACUGCUGUCUUCAAAGGCGACCUUGACCAAGUGCGCACAGUCGCCGAACAGGAAGAACCAGAGUACGAGCCACGAGCAGACACUAUCCGAGGUGGUGCUGGAAUCGUGCGCGCAAUGUCUCGUGUGCGGGGGAAAAGGGAGGCAGACGAGAUGCGACGAAUCCACGAAGAGCACAUGGAGCCUAUCCGUGAAGACGAGCACGUUGAAUGGGAUGGUCUUAGAAGACGGAAGACAAGCAGCACGGCACAUACUAUGUCUGUGAAGCGGACGAAGACCGUCCAUCCUCCCCUGGGCAUGUCACAUUUCCCGAACGACGACGACAACGUGAGCGAGCCAGAUUCAGAAGUACAUCCAGGCUUCUUCGGCCGAAUAGGCAGAAAGAGUCGAUCAGGUACGGUCGAUUCACAAACGAACAGGAGCCGCAAAGGUCACAGCCCCGUUCCACUCCGCGACGUCGAUCCUGAAACCGUGGAAGGCGGCGGCGUCCACACCUACGGCCUCCCACCCGGCCUCCAACCCUCCCACGACGGUGCAUCAGACACCGAAUACAAAGGCGCCUCAUCCACCCACAUCCACUUCGCCGGCGGCCUCCCCGACCCCCGCGACCGCGCCCCCUCUCACAGCAGCUCCCUCGCUCCACCUCGCCCACCACCCCACGCCUCCGGCACAGGCGGCGGUACCCGCCGCCAAUUCAGCUUCCAAAACGUCUUCCACCGCAAACGAUCCGACGCCGCUUCCGACGGCCGACCGACUAGCCGCGGCGCCCUCUCCUUCAUCUCUAGGCACAGCCCAGGCAAUACCCCCGACAACUCCUACCCCGGCACCUCCGGCAACGGCGCCACCGAAGAAGAACGUCUCGGGCUCGUGCACGGCGAUUCCUCGAACCCCCUUCCCAAAUACGCGGAAGUCGUCUCCGAAGAACCUCGCGAGGAAGAAAGGGAUAGCGACGAGUGGCAGGUCACUUCGGGCACGAGCAGUAUUCCGCACGACGUCGAGGUGGAUUUGGGACGGCAGAGGAGGAAUCGCGAUCCGCAUGAUGAUUAUUAUGAUGAUGAUGAUGACGAUGAGCUUUAUGAUGAGCCGUUGAGUCCGCCGGUGGCGCCCAGGCAGGGUGGAGGUGGGAGAGGGGGUGGUGGGAGUCCGGGGGCGUUUGUCUGA